AUGAAGAAGAAUUUAAGGAAUUUAAAGAGAAAUAGAGGCGGCAAUUCAAAGGCAGCGUCGAAUAAAAGAAAUAAUAAUGAUAAUAUUGGACCAAGGAAAGCCAGUAAGAGAUCUGUCCGAAAAAGUGACAGAAACAAAGAAGAACAGGAAGAGCAGAACCUUUCGAUUACUAUGGUUAACUCCGAAGAUGAAAAAGAUGAUAAUUUAGGCGGCAGCAAAUCCGAUGAAGCGGAAAAUCUUGCUACUGUUCAGUCCUCAAAACUUUUCAAUAAACGAAUCCGAAGACGCCCUCCGGAGAAAUAUGCCGAAUAUGCAGCUUAUCGGGGUCAUACAACCAGUUGGGCAGUAUUAUCAAAAAAAGAAAAGCAAGAACUUGCACUGCGAGCAUUUGCGGAAAGCACAGACGGCACAGUGAAAUGUCUGAAUGAAAAAUGUACAAAAGCUUUGAAGACUGUGGAGGAUAUUAUUAAUCACGUAGAUAGGUGUCUGAAAUUACCGGAAUAUUUCAAAUAUAUAGGUAAGGCUGAUGCGUUUCGAGUGCUUGAUAAAGUCACUAAAGCGAAAAUAUUACGGGUUUCAAUGAAUGCAUUGGAAGUUUUGCCGUGUUUGAAUGUCGAUACAUUGAACUGUGCACAAAAAUAUGGGCAUCGCUAUGCACUGUCAUAUCAUCUUGAGAGAUGUGGUCAGGACAGGGAUCAGUUGCCUUGGAAAUGUUGGAAAUGCGGAGUUACAGCCACUGUAGCAGAUGGUCGUGAGCAUUUGGCCUUGUGUGCAAAUCGAAAAACAAGAGCGAAAGGAGAAAGAUCGGACGAUGAAUCAUACUCUGGAAAUUCAGAAAUUGAUGAAUUGGAUAUGGAUAUUUCAAGGAAAUUUGGAAAAAAUAGGAAAUCUGGUAAACAGAAAGUGGCGUCAAUAGCACAGGGAUAUUUGCCGGAGAAAAGUUCACGCAUUAAAAUAGCUGAUGGAGUUAAACGGUUUAAAUUUAAAAGCGCAAAUCUUGAAGCAAAUGCUCCAACACCACAUGAAUUAAUGCAAUAUCAAGAAACGAUUGAUCGAGCUAACGAGUUGCUUCGGAUACAAAGAGAAAAGGAAUCUCCAUGUGAUGUGCUUGUCCAAUUUGAACGUCGUCCAAAUAAUUUUAAACGUAUUACACCUUGUGAUUUCAGUGAAAAUCUGAAUAUCAUGCUCGAUAAGUGCUCCAUUCCCGUAAUACUUCCUUCUGGCAGAAGCAAGGAAUGGCAACCGGCAUCAUCGGAUGAAAGUCGAAGUGGAAGUGCAAAAGAUGUUGAAAAAGAUCAGAUCAAGGAAAGAUUGCCAGUUUUUGUACCCAAACCUUUACAUUGCAAGACGAGAAAAGUACAUUUUACGUUAGCUGAAAAUGAUAUACACGAAAUUGGUUGUGUAGCAUAUUGCGGAGGACCAAUAUCAACAAUUGAAAGCUGUCCACGAAAACUUGAAGAUGGUCGUGAAUGUGUAGCUGUCACGGUUUUUGCUGAUGAAGAAUAUUUAGUUUUAAAAAAUCGGAAAAGUUGUCAUAAUGAUUAUAUUCAAUUCUGGAUCUAUGACAAUAAACCGGAAAGGAUCUCUGCAUCUUUGUGGUUUCUUCUGGAAGUGAACUACAGCACGAUACUUUGUACAGCUUGGUGUCCAUCGUUACGAAAUUCUGUUAAACAAGAUAGCAAAUUGUCAAAUUUUGUUGGUAUUCUUGCAGUCGGUGGUAUAAAUGGUCCAAUUUCACUUUAUGGAAUACGUAAUGACAUGCCGAUCCCUUCAACCAGUGAUAAUGACCAACUGGUGUACCGUUGCUCCGAACCUGAUUUGGUUCUUUUCUGUCCAGAAUGUUGUAAUAAUGCACCAACUAUUUCAAUUGCAUGGAGUGAAAAAGGUGGUUCUAGCAAAUUGGCAGCUGUAUCUGCAUCAGGUACACUCCUACAAUACACUUUUUACUUUACCCUCUAG